AUGCUCUGGGUUGCGUCUUUGCUCCUGGUGAUACCAGCUGUCACAGCUCAAGCAUCGCUUUAUGGUCAAUGCGGUGGUCAGGGCUGGACUGGAGCUACUACCUGUGUUUCUGGCUCUUGUUGUACCUACUCCAAUGCCUGGUACUCGCAGUGUCUUCCGUGCUCCGGCGGAAGUGGUACUACUACUACCUCAACUACUUUAACCACCACCACCAAGCCAACCUCCACUUCCUCCACUACCUCCAGCUCUUCAAGCACAUGCACUCUGCCGUCUCAGUAUAAGUGGACUUCAAGCGGAUCGCUCGCGAACCCAGCGUCAGGCUAUCUGUCGCUCAAGGACUUCACUCAUGUGCCGUAUAAUGGCCAGCACCUUGUGUAUGCUUCUGAUGUUAAUACCGGUGGAAGCUAUGGUUCAAUGAACUUUGCUCUGUUCUCGAACUGGUCUCAAAUGGCUUCCGCCACCAAGACGCAGAUGAGCCAGGGAGCUGUUGCCCCUGAUCUCCUGUACUUUGCACCAAAACAGAUCUGGGUUCUAGGUUACGAAUGGUGUGAAUGGGCCUUUUGCUAUCUCACAUCCACCAACCCUACCAAUGCCAACGGCUGGUCUUCGCCACAACCGCUUUACCAAGGAACCUUAUCCGGAACAGGUCCUAUUGAUCCGGCAAUUAUCGCUGAUGAUACAAAUGUUUAUCUCUUCUUCGCCGGCGACAAUGGCAAUAUCUACCGAGCUUCUAUGCCCAUUGGCAACUUCCCUGCUAGCUUUGGCUCUUCUGCUACAACCAUCCUGACUGAUUCGACAUACAACCUCUUCGAAGCUGUCGAAGUCUACUCUAUUCAGGGCCAGAACCUUUACCUUAUGAUUGUUGAGUGCAUUGGUUCCAACGGAAGAUAUUUCCGCUCCUUUACAGCUACGAGUCUAGGUGGCACGUGGACUGCUCAAGCUAGCACUGAGUCAAACCCAUUCGCUGGAUAUGCCAAUAGCGGUGCUACCUGGACCAAGGAUAUCAGCAGUGGUGACCUUAUCCGAAGCAGUGCUGAUCAGACUAAACCAGUCGAUCCCUGCAACCUUCAGCUGCUCUACCAAGGAAGAAGCCCUAGCUCUGACGGCGAUUCAUAUAACGAUCUUCCUUACCUCCCAGGUCUCUUGACCCUGUCCAAGUAG